ACCGUGGCCGUGGUGCAGCUGCCCCGGGGGCCCAGCUCGCCCUCUCCCAUGCCCGCGCCCCGCUGCUACCUGUUCAACUGCACAGCGCGGGGCCGCAGCGUCUGCAAGUUCGCGCCGCUCCGGGGGUACCGUACUUACACUCUCAGCCGCACCGGGGACACCGUCGGGGUCUCGCCCGGACCGGGUGAGGAUGAGCCUCCACUUAGCAAGGCCGGGAAGGAUGUGGUCUUGCAUCUGCCCACAGAUGGGGUGAUUCUGGAUGGCCGAGAAAGCACAGAUGACCACGCUAUUGUCCAUUAUGAGUGGACGUUGAAGCAGGGUGACCCGUCAGUGGACAUGAAGGUGCCUCAGCCAGGAACCCUGAAACUGUCCCACCUGAAGGAAGGAGUGUACAUCUUCCAGCUGACUGUGACUGACACAGUGGGCCAGAGAAGCUCUGACAAUGUGUCUGUGAGUGUGCUUCCCAGGACCUACUCCAUGGGAGGAUGCUCCAGUGUUUGCUCCAGAUAUCAUUUCUUCUGUGACAAUGGUUGCUGCAUUGACAUCACUUUGGCUUGUGAUGGGGUAAGGCAGUGUCCAGAUGGGUCUGACGAAGACUUCUGUCAAAACUUGGGUCUCGACCGCAAGAUGGUGACGCACACAGUGGCUACUUCUGCCCAGCCAGGGACCACGGGACCGAGUGAAGGCGAAGGAGACCCCUGGUUUGAAAAGCCCCAGAAAGUCACUCCCCACAACCAACCAGCUAUUGUACCCCACUCGGAAAAGAGGGUUCACUCCACCCAGUGGGCACCAGAGAGUCAAAUCUUUCCUAUCAUGCCAGAUGGUAAUUCCUCCAGAAAAAACCAAGAAGGAAGUUACAUUUUCCAGUCCAAGAAUGAUCAAGCACGAGGGGAACACCCAGCCCCAGAAGCAGGUGCAGUGUUACCCCUGGCAUUGGGUCUGGCCAUCACGGCUUUGUUACUUCUCAUGGUGACUUGCCGACUGCGACUGGUGAAGCAGAAACUUAAGAAGGCCCGUCCCAUUACCUCUGAGGAAUCUGACUACCUCAUCAAUGGGAUGUAUCUGUAAUGAAGUUACUUAAUCAGCUAGGGGUUGAGAAUGGCCUUCACUUACAAUUUGUUCUUUGGGUUCUAUCAUUAAGACCUUUUGUUUUAAACCUUGAUUUAUCAUGAAACAAUUUUCCUGGGAAGUCAGUGUCAUGAAAGAUAGAGAGGAAUUCAUGAGAUUGAAGUUUAUAGUAUGCUGAGACAAAGUCAGUAUACCACAAAGUGACAGAUGGCAGCAGUGCCCGCCUUUCAUUUGUGAGGUGCCAACUGCUGGCCCCGGCACCUUCCCCUUGUGUUCCCACUGUCUUCUCCACUGAGUUCUCAUGAGCUCCAUUUUAUUUUCCUCUGUCAAAUAUCUUUGAAAAGGGGUCUUAAGUGGAUUUACACUCAGUGAGAUGUUCCCGAUAGCAGCUUUGUAUGUUAUGAACUUUCUGAAUAGGUCAGUGAGGUCCUGCUGGGGAGGAAUAUGGGUUCCCCACCCCACCCCAUGCUUCUGACAUCAGACCAUGGUGGUGGCUGCCAUGUUUGGGUGACCUUUGCAGAACCCCUUCUGGUUAGGAGCAACUCUAGGUGGUUGUGACCUGAGAUCAAGGUAGCAGCAGGGGACCUGGCAGGCAAAAGCAAAUAGAAGCUUAGUCAGGGAGUGACUGAGGACAAUUAAUGUUUCCUCUGCUUCAUGGUGUAAGUACAGUGACUGCUUUAUAUGUGCACUGGUUUUCAACACUGAGCCUUUCUGAUGAAAAAGUGCGAAUUAUCAAUCAAAACAUUGAUGUCUGGGUAUGGUGUUUGUAAAAAUGUCGCCAUGUUUAAGUAUCACAGGCCAUUCAAUGGAAUGAGCCAGAUGCUUCCCCUUGUGUUGUUUUGCAGGGCUGGAGGUGGGACCUGGGAGCCUGUUUUUGCUAAGCAAGUGCUCUACCACUGAGCUACACCCCUGCCUUGCUGUCUUUUACGUUAUUAGAAUGUUAUAAUGUACAAUCAGCUAAUGUCAGGAUGCAUCCCCAGAGCAGAAAGCACUUUUGCACAAACUCAGCUUUACAGGAAAUUAGCAUCCGGCUUAGCAUCUUCCUUUUAAAUGGGCAGGCAGUAAUGCCAGAUUAUACACUCUGGAGAUUAUUCUGGGGACUACACAGUGUGGUGCCCAUUUAUAAUCAUGAUGUCCCUAUUUUCUUUACUGCAAGUGGCAAAUAUUGAAAGACACUGUAGUCUCAUUUGUUUAGACUGAAUGUGAAGUAGGUGGUUCCUUUAGCAAGGGGCUGGAUUUGGGUGAGAGAAUAUAACCAACCUAUCAAAUGUAAUAAUAAAUGGGUAGUUCUAGAAAAAUAAAUGUUUGCUUUUGUCUCUUGAAACUCUAACUCUAGCCUUUUGCUGAGCACUGGCAUAAAUGUUACAAUGGUAUCUGAGAGACAAACUGAGGGAACUUAUCUGUGCUCCGAUGCUAUGUGGCUUGUUUUUAUAGAGGACAUCACCUACAGCCAUACCUAGUAAAAAUAGAAACUGAUAAGGCAUGUUUCUUUCUGCACUUCUUUUAUAUACAAAGGAAUUAACUACAAUCUAGUAUUGCUAUUGUUUCGAAGUACUGGAGAAAAGAUGUCUUGU